AACGUUGUUUGGCCUCUUUUGGUAGGUUUUGGCUACUUUUUCAACGGCAUUUGGUUCCGAGCAUGCGCAAGAACCUACCAACCCUGCUCCUCGUACCGUUUGUUUGGUCUACCUGAAAUGACCGAUGUUUCGAGACAAGGCUCGUCGUAGCUAUGAACCUCCUGAAGAAAAGCUUUUUCUAGAAACAUCAACGUAGCGCAGAGUUUCAAACCCAAACUACAAACUUACAGUACAACAGACAGUUUACCUGUUGGUCGUUGUUGACAUUGUCUCCCAGGUCGAGCUGUAUUAAAGACUCGGACCAUUUUAUUAAAACCACAAUAUAUCUUACUUCCGUCCAAAUUAAAUGCUGCACAAUGAGGUGAUACAAUUUCGUCCUGAAUAGAUUAAAAUUUAGUUCAACAUAUAUUAUGUAACCAUAAUUAAAAUCAUCAAAAUAAAAAAAACAACCUGGAAUAAAGAGGGAUCUCGGAAUCCUUUAUCCUUCGGCUACAAAACUGAGGAUAUAAUCUCCAAUACAAAGAGAGUAAAAACGUGCCUACCAUGUGACUAUAAGCUCUGUAGGAGCAUCGUAUUUGUCCUGUGAAAGCAUCCCACAAAUGUAAAGGAUGGUCACGACUGCUGCUGAUAAAACUAAAAUAUAUAUAUUCAAGAAAUUAAUGUAUAUGUCAAUAUGAUUAUAUACUGAAUACAUAUUAAGUAUUUUGUUAAGUUGUGUCUGCCCAUGAAAAUAAGUUUAUCUUUAUCACUUCUCUGCGUUUCGAGUGAAGAUCCUAUUCUCUCUCAUGAAUACAUAUAUUAGCCAAGGUUGUCUUUUUUAGAUUUGAUUGUUAUUGUUAAGUAGUAUUUCGUGGAUAUAUAAUAUCUCAGUUGCAGUACAAAGCUGAGCAAAUAUGAAAACAACACAUGGUCUGCAUAACAUGUGUGGAUGCCUUUUAAAUGUGUGAAAGCAUGAUAUAGAUGAUUGUUAUAGUAUUGAUUCUUAGUAUAUGCACUUUGAUGCCAAUCAACUUACCAACAUGUGUCAGGGUCAUAAGAGGACAUAUUAGGAUACCAAUUGUAGUCAUAAAUUGUUUCUCCUUCCCUCAUUCCAAGAACUGAACUCUACACACGAAAUUAAGAUUGCAAAACUUGAGAUUGCAAUACAUUGGUUUUGAAGACUGAACACAAGAAUAAACAGACUGCUUGGAAACUGACCAUUUCAGGUAGAAUAUCACAGGUAUUAAAAUCAGAAUAUAAUUCAAUUGGCAGAUUAAAAAGUCUUAACAUAUUGUCAUCACUGCAUGUUAGAAUACAUGUUCCAUCUGGUGACCUAAGUAAAGAAAACAAAAGAAAUGAUGCAAGUUCAAUUUAACUUUGAUCACAUCUUACUUAUAGAGUAAUGGGAAAUACACAAAUAGGGAAACGAAAUUUCAUCGACAACUCGCAAUUCUAUUCGUUAGAGUGUUCGUUCGCAGUUCGUUCUAUUCGUACUUUUCAUGUAGUUGGUAAAGUACACAUUUUAUAAUGCACCUAUCAAUGUUAAUCCCGAGGGAGGGGGGGUCGGGCAAGGGGUGGGGAUUUGACAUUUUUACAAAAAAAAUGUCAAAUGCCACUCCCUCGGGAGAAAAUUCCAGGGCAAAAUUCCCCACCCCCCGGGAUGAAAUUGUAUUACUGAAGUAUUUGGUUUCUGGUGCACUCUAUAUGUCAGGUGAUAGGGAAAUUACACAAAUUACAUUUGGCUGUAUAAUUUAAAGAUAUAACAAACAUAAAGAACGUUUCAAAAUAACUUAAAAUACUCAUUAAUAAUUUAUAUACCUUGCGCCACACCAUGGUGUAGUGGACUGGAAUACAGGCUAAUAAAACACAGUAUUCUUAUAUAAUUAUAUUGUCAGUAUUCUAAUAUAAUUGUUCGCCCUAAUUAGUAUUCUUUUGUACUCGUAUUUUAAGUUGUGCGCCUCGCGUUUUAUAUCUGAUAAAACACACUCCUGCUCGCGUUUUAAAUAGUACAUAACGUGAACUUUUAAUAUACAAGUAUAAAUAGAUAUUAAUAUAAUUAUAAAAUGGCUUUUAAGUGUUUAUUUCUUGUCCAGAAAUUUCCAUAUUUCUUGUGAAAACAACGCGCGAGACAGCGAGCGAUAAACUAGUGCCCAGUCUUCAGUUUGUUCCUGACUCUUCCACAGUCCCUCGUUACCUUUUAGUGCGGGAGGAUAUGCCCGUUCGCGGGUUAGGCGUUGACAGCUACAACGCGGGCGACUGGGGACGAGUCGGAGUUUGUUCUAAAAUUGGCUCAGGUUUCUUCAGUAUAUCGUCUGAGAUCAGUGUUAAUCUGUCAAAAAUCCCCACCCUCGGGCCACUUAGAAAAAAAGUGUCAGUCCAAAUCCCGACCCAUGGGACCACCUGAUUGAUCAAAUCCCCACCCUUUGCCCGACCCCCCCCCCCUCGGGGUUAACAUUGAUAGGUGCAUUAUAUUAUAUUAUAUUAUAUUAUAUCAUAUUAUAACAUAUCAUAUCAUAUCAUAUAUCAUAUAUUAUAUUAUAUUAUAUUAUAUUAUAUCAUAUCAUAUAUCAUAUCAUAUCAUAUCAUAUCAUAUCACAUAUCAUAUCAUAUCAUAUAUCAUCAUAUCAUAUAUCAUCAUAUCAUAUAUCAUAUAUCAUAUAUCAUAUAUCAUAUAUCAUAUCAUAUAUCAUAUUAUGUUAUAUUAUAUUAUAUUAUAUUUGUUACAUACAAUGCGAAUAUAUUACAGCGACCCGGUCAGCAUAAGGGUGUACAUAUAGAGGGACCUGUAUUGGAAAUAAAAUCCACUUAUACUUAACUAUAAGCAUACAAGGUUUUAGUCAGCCGAUUUAUGGUUUAUAGAUUCAUAUGCUAAAUCAAGAAACAGUUAUAGUGGUAUGAUCUGUCGGCUCAUUAUUCCCAAUCCUCUGUAACUGGCUCCGUUAUAUGUACCAUGCACCUUAGACUUGCCACAAGUCGACUUGUUGUUUGGGCCGAGCGCCGAAAGCGCGAGCACACCUAAACCAUAAAUCGGCCGACUAAAAUCCUGGCGUGUGUGCCCAGCUUAAGCCUGGUUUCCAUUUAUGACCAUGUGAAAGUGGCAUGUGUAAUGGUAUUCAACAUGUCUGGAUAAGGAAGAAACUUAUUUGAAUCGUGUUUACAUGUAGCACAUGCACAAAACAAAGAUCCACGCAGGCCUAGUUGGCUAGUUUACAUCGCUGAAAAUGACUUGGUCACCCAACCAAGUUGUCAUUAUUAUAUAAUGUUGUUGUCGUUGCUGUCGUCGUUGUUGUUUGUCUUGUUGCUCUUGUUGUCGUUGUCGUCGUUCUUGCCGAUUUCGUCAUCGUCGCUAUAUUGUUAUCCUUGUGAUACGUUGUCGUCGUUCUUGCCGAUUACGUCGUCGUUGUUGAUGUUGUUGUUGUUGUUUAUCUUGUUGCUCUUGUUGUCGUCGUUGUUCUUGCCGAUUUCGUCACGUCGCUAUAUUGUUAUCCUUGUGAUACGUUGUCGUCGUUCUUGCCGAUUACGUCAUCGUCGCUAUAUUGUUAUCCUUGUGAUACGUUGUCGUCGUUCUUGCCGAUUACGUCGUCGUCGCUAUAUUGUUAUCCUUGUGAUACGUUGUCGUCGUUCUUGCCGAUUACGUCAUCGUUGUUGCUGUCGUUGUUGUUGUUUAUCUUGUUGCUCUUGUUGUCGUUGUCGUCGUUCUUGCCGAUUACGUCAUCGUCGCUAUAUUGUUAUCCUUGUGAUACGUUGUCGUCGUUCUUGCCGAUUACGUUGUCGUUGUUGCUGUUGUUGUUGUUGUUUAUCUUGUUGCUCUUGUUGUCGCCGUUGUUCUUGCCGAUUUUGUCGUCGUUGUUACGGUUGCUGUUGUUUUUAAUUACUGUUUGUGUAGUUUUUCUUGUGCUGAAACAAAAGUUUUGUGCAUGUGUUUUGCUUAUAUAGCUAAAACUAAAAAUUAUUGAUAUAGAUUGCACUGACUCGUUAUGGAGAAGCCUCCGUGGGAGGAGUUAAGAUCUUCGAGAAGCACUUAUGAAUCUCAUGCGGAAAUAGAGCAUAAAGACAAUGACUUAAUCUUCAAAGCACAAACACUUAACAUAUAAAUUGUCAAUAAUACGGACGAUCUGUUAUACUUAUUAUUUGUCUAGUUAUACGGAUCACGCCAGAAGAUAACCACGAACAGAGACUGAACACAUUUUCUUCUGGUCCCAAUAUGGAGACAAAUAUAGGUUAUACUCCUGAUAUGCCUCCUGAUAAUAGUGAACAAGGUGAGUGGCGAAAAUGUUGAAAACAUAUCAGCUACAAAUAUAGCCAUGCAUUAUAUAAUAGUCAUAGAAGGAAGUUUCUUUUUUGACACAAGGACUGAAUCGCUGCAUGUCGAAAAGUUUAGAUUUGUGAACUAGAUUUUUUGGAUAAAUUUCUUAACAUUGGCAGAACUGAUCAUUGAAAACAGUGCUGACGUAACCAAAUUGUUUUAAAUCAGUGAGAGAUUUGGCAUUUUGGGCCAUAAAUAUCCGACAACUUAAAACAAUUAAAAUGUAAUAUUAAUAAAAAGCCAGGUAUAUACGUACGCCUCGGUAUGUAAAGUUUUCUUAUACUACAUACAGUAUAUACUGCUUCUAACUAUAAGGUCGGUCAUAUAUUCCGACGAUAACGGAUAGGCACGACAACGACUAUAUACAGACAGUAUAUCAUCAACCGAGUCUCUGGCAACUAUGAAGGCCGGCUUUUGCUAGAUCCUCAGUUUCAAGGUUUGUCAUGAACCAAUCAAUACCUAUAGGCUAUACGACUACGGUUACAGUAUGAGCAGUGUGUAAAACGCAAGCCUAUAAGUAUAAUUAGGUACAAUAGUUUCAUACAUGUCAAGGUAUAUGAUAUAUUAUAUAUCAGCUAUACAUUGGACUAUUUUAGCACUGUGAUCAACUCAAUGUGAUCAUUGGACUAUUUUAGCACUGUGAUCAACUCGAAAGUUUAGUGAUCAACUCGAAAGUUUAUGCUCCUUUGAUCACUACGCACCUAGCUUCACUUUAUCAAAUUAACUUGAAAUUGUUAAUUCAAAACAUAAUUAUUUGUAAAAUUUUAUAUACAUUUUCCUUGUUUUGUAAAUAGUGCAGUUCCUGAAUAAAUCUCUAAAUCUCUGAUGAUUUGUUUUUAUCCUUAAUUAUUUCAUAUAUUCGUCACGGAAAAAGACUAAGCGCGUGCACGGGUUAAUCAGCCUAAUCAGGGUCUUUUUAAUUUACUCUUCGUGGUAGACACACACUGGCUAACCAUUAAUACCACACAAGAGAAUUAAUUAGACCGUUAUAAUCUAUGAUGAAAUAUGCCCCGACCUUUUAAUCAAAAUUUGGGAAGGAUUCUUCUUCAAAUGGUUAAAGAAACGUCAGCAAGGAUCCGGAAUUCUGAACCAAUUAACUUGGCAAUUUAAUUUAAAUUCCAAUUUCAAAUUCCAUUUAUUAAUUAUAACCGCUAAUUUUUCGGAUCGAUUUAAUCAUUCAAAUCUUGACUUGUAAGGAUCGAAAGCAACGAAAAAUAUUCACUGUGUCAUAUUUGCAUUUCAAGUAUCGCUGACAAAAUAAACGACUAUAGAUGGCCAUAUUUGCCAUAUUUACUGACCGGGUGGGCAUCAAUAAAAAUGUGGCGUAACAGAACGCUAGCUGCUGCCUGCUGUGACAGUUUUAAGGAGGUGGCCUUCCUUUGACUAUUGACUCGGUAUUGUCAACGAUUAGUUCGAUUGCCCGAGUCACCGUAGCAAUUUAGAUCGAUCCGAAAUCACCAGGUUCAGAGCCGUAUCGCGCCAAUUGUGGACCACCAAAAACGAGCUGUGACAGACUCGAGAUCGAUCUAAACUAAAUCACCUUGAGAGGUGGUCUUGGAUCGACAAUUCACAUUUUACCACCGAGCUGAUUUCUGGCUUAGCAGUCUGGUAUUUUCCCCACUUAUCAACGGUAGUUAAUUCAGUAAAAAUUUAUUCAAAUAUUUGUGCAAGUGUGGACACUCCACCAGAAGUCCAAAGAAACGUCCUCGGAUCGUUCUCAGAUUGCUCUAAUUUAGCCAUUCGGUCUCAAAAUGUGGAAAGUGUGACCGGCCCCUAUAAUGAAACUAAGACAAUUAAGUAUUCCGGAUUUUUAUUAGCUAAUAAUGAUACCAAAAUGGCAGUGGCUGUUUAGUGUACGUACGUAAGUUUCCUCUAGAUUUGCGUGCAAUAUCCAAUGGCAAUAUAUGUGCGUAUUAUAUGUGCAUACCACUGAAGCUUUGUCACCGAAUAGAGGUUGUCGUCUUGUGUCUUGUAGCUAAUACUAUGUAGUAUAGACAUGCAUAGGUUGGCAGAGGAAUAGCCUUGUAACAUAUUUCUAAUACCGUUAUACAGGCAGACAAAGAAUUGAAUACUGAACAUCAGUGUAGUUUGUAUGGCAAAACUAAAUCAGCUAUGACGGAACAGUGUUGUUUUUUAAUUUAAUUAAAGAUAGCUACUUGUUUGCCAUGCAGCGCUUUCUGAAUUUUGGCUAAAACUUAAUAUUGACUCAUCAUGAUACUUUGUUAUUUGAAUAAUAAUAUUAAUAAUAUUCAAAUUCAAACGAACUAUUGUGUACUGAAGUUAUAAAAGAAAAUAUGCAUAUAAUUGUACAGUGUAUCAAAGUCAAAGAACACAUGCAUAUAAAAUAAUAAAAGCCGCGCGCUGUUUGAACUUGAAUGAUUGGAAAGAAAGGCAGCAUAUUUUAAUAUCUAGUACUAUAGAUAGCGAUGCAGUAAAACUGUCCUUUCCAGAUCUUAUACUCCCUUAGUUUCAUUACUUCCAUCUGCCUUUCGUAUACAAAAACUGUCUACAGCAUCUGGUCUUAGUAUGUACGAGUUUACCAGGCAACCAAUAAUUAUAGUGAGCGUGCAUGUAAGCACGGUUAAUAGAUCUAGUUCUAUUAACCGUGAUGUAAGCAAGCGGCGUUUUUGUCCAGCACGGACGUCACCUGCAUGAAAAUUGGUCAAACUAACUUUGCGUCAUAGCGCUCGUGUAUAAGGAAACAAAAAACUUUAAAAAUCUUGUGUUUUGUCACAUGUAUUGAAGAUUACUACAAACUGCUUCAAAACACAGUUUUUAGUCCAGUCUCCUUCGGCAAUGUGACGUAUGUGUUGACAAAACUAUAAAUCACUAUUAAUGCUUAGUUACGGAUCUUUAACGACAUUUUAGUUGUACUUCGUUUUGUUUUUAGUUACGGGACUCCGGGGUAACAGAAAUCGGCUUUUUCGACUACACUCAUGAAGACGUGAGAAAAAUUUUGUGUUACAGUGAGGGGGUGAGGUGGUAUUAAAUUUUCUGGACCAUCCAUUUAGCCUGAAAAUGUGCUGUGAUAUAUGUGUAUAAGUAAUUAAAUAUAGCAAGAUAAAUUCCCGCAAUACGGCAAUAGUAUUAAUUACAGCAAUGAGUUACAGCAGCUUGUGGAUCCAUGCAAUUAUAAAUUGAUAAUCUUGGAUACAUUUUCACCUAAAAGACGAGCAAAUGUAUUAUCAUUGAAUAAUUGGUCACCUAGCAAGUAAUGCUACAUGACUGAAAAAAUUUGGACUGUGAUAUACAAGUUCAUACUGCAUGAAAACAAAUAUUAAUAGAAAAACGUCAGAGACAGAGUAUUCUCCAGAUAUUCCGGCCCACAAGUCACAACAAUCUUUCGGCUGGACUAAACUGUCAAUUCGAAUAUAAUUAAUCACGCAGCUGACUCAAAAUUACAUGAAGCCAAGAAUUAAUAACAAAGAAAUCUUAACGAUCGUAUAGACGUGGGAAAAUAUUCGAAAUACAGUUAUAAAUUAUGCAAAAAUGCAAUAUCUCGGGCAGUUCAACUCAAUAGCUCUUCAAUUGAUUCCUAUAGCUUGAAUGAUCUUUCAUAUCGAUCAAAUUCACAACAACUCACAUUCACAACAGAAAUAACGCACGUACAGCAAAUGAGAAAAUAUUGUUUUAGCUUUUAGCUUUUACAUUCUAAUGCAAUGAUUAUAGCCUUGCGGCCCUAUCAUAUUCGGCAAACUAAUUAAAAAAUUAAUUUCAAACUAUAGCGGUAAAAACUUAGAGGUAAAAAAACGUAUCGAUUUUUCUUUGACCUAUAUAGAGUAAAAAUUAUCUACGUCAACAACUGAAGGCUAGUGCAAUAAGCCUGGAAAGGUUGUAACUGUGGUCAAAAUGAACUCAAUUAAGAUUUUUUAAUUAAGUCAUUGUGUCUCUGACGAACUUAAGAUGCAAUGAAUUUGGCUUGGGUGUGGGAUUCCAGCGUAGGAAGCAGUUGAACAAUAUUGAAAAUGCCAAAAUUGGCUGAGGAUGUAAGUUGAUGAGAAGUAUAGAAAAAAACUUUGUCUUUGAUAUUUCGAAUAAAGGCAGAGUACUUGGCCUUCUUCGCCUGCAUCAUCGCUCGAAACGUCAGUCGAAGCUUUUUCUACAUUUUUCAACGAGUUACAUCUUUCAAGCAACAUUUUAAAUUCAACAAAGGUUUGCAGUCCACACACAAAUGCCUUAUAAGGUAUUUGAUAUUUAUACACUAGUGACAAGUCCGUUACCGUUGGCAUUGUCUUUUCCUGAUUUACUUUUAUAUUAUUUCACUUCCUUUAUAUAUCACCAUAUUAUGCACGAUCAGAAAUAUUGCGGUCACAAAUUAAGAGCUAACUGAUAAACUAGCGCAUCUUAACUGAACAUGUGUACAAUGUGUUGUCAUGCACUGAACUAAGCCAGUAUAAGGGGGGAUCUGGUCUUUGCCCUGAAGUAUGCAUAUUUAUAAGGUAUUCAAGACUGUUUGAUAGUACUGAUUCAUUUUCAAGACUGUUUGAUAGUACUAAAAAUGAUUGGUUAACUGUCUUUGCAGGAAUAGAGUUGAAACUCUACAACCCCAACAACGAGGAAGAUGACAUCAGCAAUGGGGACUUAGGGGAGUAUAUAGAACCAGAAAACAGCAUAAAGGGCAGUAAUGACCAUUCCGUUGUUGUUGAAACAAAGACUGAGAAGGAGACGCCAAAUGGAGAAGUUUCGGGUGAAAAACGUGAUACAUGGGGAAACAAGGCAGAGUUUCUUCUUGCUUCCAUUGGAUUAGCUGUGGGUCUAGGAAAUGUCUGGAGAUUUCCUUACUUGUGCCAAAGAAAUGGAGGGGGUAGGUAUUUGUCAUUAAUUCCAGGGGAACAAAGGGGUAGGUAAUUGUGAGGGCAUGGGUACAGCAAGGAAGGUGAUAAUACGCAGAGGAAUAAGGAGAAGUUGUUUUUUUCAUCAUUGGUCUGGCAGUACUGUGGGCUUAAAAAACGUCUGGUAAUAAAAUUAUUUCAAUAUCCUCUAUACAGAGUGUUUCUGUACGUACACUACAGAAGGAGAGAAGGACGUGCUAAGACAAUCAAACUUUUCUAUUGGCUUCGAUAUGUAACUGCCUUAGGGUUCGUUUUGAGAUUUUUAACUCCGGUUGAUGACACAAUCAAGAGUUUGUAGAUAAUCUAUUUAUUAAACACCUGCAGGUAAUCUAUAGACCCAUUGCAUGACGUCACAAAUCCUUAGAGUGUCCUCCAGAUGCUACCUAACAAUAUCUGUUCGGGUACAACAACCACACGCAGCGCAAAAAUUAACCAUUUUAAUACAAAAUUAUUAUAAACUUUUACAAAAUUUGCUUUGUUUACAAAAGUUAUAUUAUGCAUAGAUUGCAUGCUAAUUUGUCCUCCAGAUGCAUCGUCACCGGCGCUGUGACGUCAUGUGCAAUGGGUCUAUAUUGUCAGGUGGCCUCUUGUUCAUGGCCAUCUCAAUUUUUCCUUUGUUAUUUCUAAUUUUCCUUAUAUUAAUUGUAAUAAAAUUGAUAUUGAAAAUACAUGUUAAAAGGAAUUCCAAAGAAUGCAUGUAUACUGUAUAUAAAAUAAAUAUAUUUAAGUGUCUGUUGUUGUAGUAGCUUAUAAAGUUAUGAGUUGCUCAUGAGUAUAUGUCAAACUUAUAUUUCAGAAAACCCUUUUAUAUAUACGGAAAUCGAAGUAACCUCGUGACAACCGGGGAGAUGUGUUUCAAAUAUACAAUAUAUUAUUAGUAAUAUCACUGUUCGCGAAUUCAGGUUUAAGACCUAUUAGUUCAACGCACACUUAUAUAGUGUGCAUGCGUGGUGUUCGCAUUUUUGAACUAUGGUAUUUCAGUAAUUACCUUAUUGUUCUUAUUUCAGGUGCGUUUCUUAUUCCAUAUGUAAUUUUCAUGUUCAUCGAAGGCAUUCCAUUGAUGUUACUUGAGUUCGCCAUUGGUCAAAAGAUGCGAGGUACAGCAGUCCGGAUUUGGAAAGAUAUCCAUCCAGCAUUGUUUGGAGUCGGCAUCGGUUGUUUAAUGGUUUCCCUGUUGCUUUGUAUGUACUAUGUGAUUGUAAUUGCAUGGUGUCUUCUGUAUCUUUUCAUUUCGAUGACUAAAAAUCUACCAUGGGCUUCUGAAGAAGUUUGUUCCAAGAACACAGAGUACAAUACAUUGAAAGAUACUCGAGAUUACUGGAAAAACAACUACACUUCCUCUGCGCUAAAUGCGACAUUCAGGAAUAACUCCCAAGCCAUGUACAUGAUAGCAAAGCAGAAAGUGGACAACUUUAGUGAUUGUUGUGUCAUUGAUCCUCCUCAAUGGUAUUUCUAUACUGAAGUAUUGGAUAUCUCAACUGAAAUUGAAGAUUAUGGUGAUGGUUUGAAUGGAAAGCUGGUUGGUUGCUUAAUAUUGGCAUGGGUCAUUGUUUAUCUUUGUGUUGUCAAAGGGAUCAAGUCCAGUGGAAAGGUAUAAAUGAAGGAAUGCACUUGAAAAACUCAAGUUUACAUGAAAUAGUAUGUUUACGUAAAACUAAUUGUUAAAAAAAUUAAAACAUUUAUAUGUACAUUAAGUUUAAAAUUCAGAAUGUCUCACUAUAAAAGUGCGCCCACUUGCAAAUAAAACUGUCUUGGAAACGUUUCGUUCUACAUUUAUGUUAAAUUAUGAUACAUUAGAUCUUUUGAUCGAAUUUACAAUCUUCAUCAUUUUUAAUGCAACUGCAUUGUAUAUAGGAACUAGCACGUAAAGUUGCAUACACCUUUGAAGUUAUAUUUUUAUUCAAUUAUUUUUUGCUUGUUUUUAGGUUGUGUAUUUUACAGCAACAUUCCCUUACAUCAUUCUUAUCGUGCUACUUAUCCGAGGAGUGACAUUGGAUGGAGCUAGGAAUGGAUUGGAGACAUUUAUAACGCCCGAUGUGAGUAAUAAUAACAACUGUGUCAUACAAGUUAUAGCUUGUCUUGUAUACCCCUGCGCUGAUCGGCGCACGGCUAUGGCUUGAAACUGGAAACAGAAUAGAAAUCUUUCAUUAGCAUGCAUGCGUUUAUUAGCAAUCAUUACGAAACGUAAUUCCUUCUUUUCCCUGUAAGUGCAUGACAAAGAUAGUAAAAGAAUAAGUGCAUGCAUGAGUACAUCAAAGUGUAUAUAUAAUGUUUUUCGAGAACACUGAUUAAACCAAGCUCGGAUCUUCACCAGUCCAAGUAAAUAUUAUACAUCUAAAAUAAUUUCUCAUUUUUUAAAGUGGGAGAGGCUUAAAGAUGUCAAAGUUUGGAAAGAUGCUGCUACUCAAAUGUUCUUCACUCUCAGCUUGGCUUUUGGAGCUCUUACUGCAUUUGCCAGUUACAUGCCUUAUAAUAAUCAAUGUAUACAUGAUGGUUAUACUGUGGUGAUUAUAAAUUGUGCUACUUCAAUGUUUGCUGGUGUAGUGGUUUUCUCUAUUCUUGGUUACAGAGAACUGAAGACUGGAAUAGCAGCUAGUGAGGUCUGAAAAUCAUGCUUAAUAAAGUUCUUUCUUAAAACGCGGCCCGCGGACGGGGCUUAGUUCAGAAGAUUUGAGGAUUUGAACUAUUAAGCAGCUAGUACUUCCAGAGUUACAGUAUAUUAAUUUUUAUUUGGUUUAUUUUAUUUGGACAUUGAUUGAUCAUCGCCCAGUAUUUCAUCUUUGAACCAUAUUAAUUCAUUCAAGUUUUAAAUCGUUGUGUAAUAUACGUUCAGCUUUCUAGUAUACGUGUACAUUGAAAAUUGUUUUUCGUUGGUCAACUCACUAACGCAUGCACUAUUGGAUCAAUUUCUUAAUUCAAUGCAGAUUGCAGAAUAAAAAAAGAUCAUGUAUUAAAUCUUCAACGAUAAGUUAGUUCGCAACAAACCAAGUGAACAUAAAUUGGCCAGUAAUCUUUCUUACCUUAAAUUCUGUUAACCAGUUUGCAAAAUUAUAUCAAUCAUAAUGUUUUACUAUAAUAUAUAAAAGCGAAAUGUUAAUAAACAUCCCUGCUUUGAGCCUUUGACACAGGGCCGUAGCAACCGGAGGGGGGGGGGGGCUGUAGCCCCCUGCCUCCCCACCCAAUCAUUUGCUAAUAAUCAUUCUUUUCUCAUUUAAAUAAUAUACCUUUAAAAUACUGACAAUUGAUUAAUUUUAAGCAGCUACAUUAUCCAUGCUAAACUGCAAAGAAUGAAGAUAUUACCCAUACUUUUCUGCAACUUAUCCAAUAUAUAGUUAAUUAAAUACGCCUUCGCCCAUUCCGUACUACUAAAUUGUAAGCAAAUUGUAAAUUUCGACAUACAAAAACGCUAAAUUGUAAAUUUCGGCAUACUAAAACGCUGUUUUCUGACCAACAGAAUUCUGUCAGAUCUUCCCUAAAGUCCAGGAAAUGACAUUUCAGAGACUCUAAAUUUAAAAAUUUCCUCGGGCCUUCGGCCCUCGGUUUCAGCCGCCCCCCCCCCCAAUAAAAAAGAGCUUCCUACGACACUGUGCCACUAUCCUAGCUCACCUUAAAUUAUAGUGAUGAUUUCUGCAUGAGUCCAGAGUCGGUCUACGCCAAGUGUCAGUGGUAAUAUGAUAUCCCUCGACGGGAUUUUAAAAAGUAUUUAAGAAUUGCAAGCUAAAUAAUUUCUUGCUUUAUUUUUUCCUAGGUUGGUAGUGGACCUGGUUUAGCUUUCAUGGCAUUUUCCGACGCUCUCUUAAACUUGGAUGUAUCUCCACUGUGGGCGAUACUCUUUUUCAUUAUGUUGAUUUUGCUUGGUAUUGACAGUGAAUUUGGUACACUUGAGGCAGUUAUUGGACCACUCAUGGAGCUGGGAACCUUUCCUAAGAAAAUGAGGAAGGAAGUAGUUACUGGUAAGUUAAACGGACUGACAUCGAUUACAUCAAACAUUAUUCACACGAUGGUGCAAAGGUUUUCUGGUGUCAUGUGGGUUUUAGCAUGAAACUCCCUGAUCCAGGGUAGGAUCCUCUCUUCCAUUUCCAGACUCAGAUUCUUGCCUGUCGUGGAAGAUUUUGUAAAAUUAUAAGGACGCUUGUUAUGGUGGUGUCGAAAAUGCAGAAAACUAAACCACAUGCAGAGAGUCGGACAACACGCCCAAAAUGGCCCAGCCCAACGGCGUAAAUUAGGCAUGGGCAACAGCUCAUUGUAAAUAUGAAUACCUUUUUGCUCAUCCAACAUGCAUCUUAUGCACUCUUGUAUGUCAUUCUUCAGCUAUCGUCGCUAUCGUCCUUUUGCUUGUUGGAUUGGGAAUGGUCGCUGGGAAUGGUUUUUACAUCUUCCAAAUAUUUGACGAUUACGCUGCUGGGAUUGCUUUGCUGGUCAUUGCUAUGUUCCAGUGUAUUGGUGUGGCCUGGAUAUACGGCAAUGAAAGGUAUAUAGAUUAGUGGCUUUAACAUCAAUAUUUCACAGUUAUCCCAUCUGGAUAUAUAGAUUUGCAAGUUAAAUUGAUUAUCAUACCUUACCUGAGCAUAUCCAAAAGUCCCAGUACAUUUAAAAAAAUAACAUAAAUUAAUACCUUACCUUAUCAAGAUUUGUGGGCAUCUCGCUCGAUAGAACUAACAAUUGAAGGGUUUUUAUAGAUGGAAAUUUCGAGAAGAAGAUUUUAUACAAUUUUAGACCUAUUAAAAGCUGGAGCAACUGAUAUUUAAUAGUAAGUUUUAAAUUUUAGAUUUGCUGACGAUAUCGAAGAUAUGACAGGCAGCAGACCGUGGAUUGGGUGGAGAAUUUGUUGGAAAUAUAUCUCACCUAUCGCAUUGUUCCUUAUCUUGGUUGCUACUGUUUACGAUCUCACCGAAGACACGGCAACAUAUCAGGCCUUUGUAGGAUGUGAACAGGUAUAAGCGAAUUUCUAAUUGAAAUAUCAUUAAAGGGGAUUUUAAAUCGGCUUCGUGAAAAUCACUGUGUGUAAACGCAGUUAAUGAUGGCGGAAAGCUCUUUUUUAAAAUAUUUUGGUCAGUGUGAACGUCUCAAUUUUGAUGUCUUAUUUUGCUUUCAAAUCUUCCAUACUAAUUGGUAUGGGUACUGUCACAAUAGUACCCUGCCAACUCAACCUUCCGAGACAAGUAUCAUUUAUUUGUUUUGUAGUGUUAGUGAUGAGUACAGUGUUCCACAUUAAACCUUCUUCACUGACCUCAUAUACGGUAAACUUUCCUCACAGGUACCGGUAACUGCAUACCCGCAGCCUUUUUUCAACUCUGUUGGUUGCCCAUUUUAAUUUGACAAUAGUCAAUGCUAAGAAUAGCAUAAAACUGCCUAUUAAUACCACGUGAUACAUGACAUUUAUUCUUUAUGUAGGACCCAUUCAGUUCUAAGUAUCUUGGAAGCAAGACAUGGACAGCAGGUCUUGAAUAUCCCGGAUGGGGCCAAUUCCUGUGUGCUUUGAUGGUCCUUAUUCCAACUGCACCUAUAAUCUUCUUCAUUAUUUAUCGCUCUGGUGUGUAGACGUGCCAUACAAUCAAGAAACGUGUAACCAAGUUUUAUUGUAUAAACUAAAAUUUUACCUAAAUCCAAACACCGUACACGUGUACGUACACAUUUGUUUAAUAAAGUAUACAUGUCAGUAAAAUAUGUAUGAAAGAGCCAGUGGAGUACGGGAAUGAAAUUUAGGCUGUUAAGUACCUAAGAUCGAGAACUACAUCAGGCUUACAAUGUUGAUGGUCAUGUUAAUUAAUACAUUAUACGGUGCAGUUUUUAGACUAUUUCGCUGAUAUGUGAAGCAGGUUUAACGGCACGCAGUCACUGUACUUAAUUUAACACUCGUGCAUAUUUACUCUCUAAACUUUUUUGAAAACCUAAUGCCGGUUUUCCACUAGCGAAAUUUGUCGCGCGAAUCUUUUGUCUUAUAAGCUCUCGGCUGGAGCUAUUUAGAUUUUUAAUCAAAUUCGUUUAACAAUAAAAAAUUCGCUUUAAUUUUAACAAUAAAAAUUCGCUUCGCGCGAAAAAAUUCGCUAGUGGAAACAGGCUUAAAGCCGGUUUUCCACUUGCGAAUUUUUUUCACGCGAAGCGAAUUUUUCAUCUGUCUUUGGUCUGUGAACUGGAACCAUCUGGAACUAAUUGGAUAAAGACAAAAGAAAAAUUCACUUCGCGCGAAAAAAUCCGCAAGUGAAAAACCGGCUUAAAACCAGUUUUCCACUAGCGAAUUUUUUCGCUCGAAGCGACCUUUUUCCUUUGUCAGCAUCCAUUUUGCCACGUCUUGCUGACGUAAUAAGUGAUAUACCGACAAAGGAAAAAGGUCGCUUCGCGCGAAAAAAUUCGCUAGUGGAAAACCGGCUUAACGAACAGGAUCGAGCACGCGUCACUGCCAGGGGCCGGUUGUAUAAAAGUCAUAAUCACUUUUUUAAAGACUAUUUUGUAGUUAAAUAGUGAUUAACUCUUAAAUAGACGCUUCUUAUUGAAUGACGUUUGCACUUAACCAUAGUUAUCUUUAAUCACUUUUUUAUACAACCGGUCCCCGAUACCACACCGAGGACUCCGAUUUUUCCGAUACCCUGUAGAAACUAGUUGAACCAUGCAUGCAGGGGCAACUGUUUUUGAAGAGAUUAGAAUCAGUUAAGAACCGAGCUGCCUGAUUUCAUAUAUAGGUAUCAUUUCACUCCUGUGGUUCUAGCUUUUAUGCGGGUUUUUGCUGUAAUAUUUAAAAUAUUAACCAUAGUACAUAGGUAAAUAUCAGGAUUUUGGGCAUCUCACUCGAUAGAACUAAUUGUUGAUCAGGGUUUGUAGAUGGAAAUUUCGAGUGUAAUUUUAACAUAUUUAUUAAACAAAUGUAGCAGUCAUAUCAGUUUUGAACGUAAUUGGUCAAUGAGUGUCUGAUACCAAUCUCGUUCCCAGAGUAUGCCUGUUCGCUGGUUAUGUAGUAGCAUGACACUACAUAACCCGCGAACAGGCAUAUUCUGGAAACGAGAUUGGUCUGAUGCAUGUCGCCGCGGGAAUUCUCUAGUACAUGUGCGGUUGCUUUGUGCUAUAGGUAGAUUUUUACACAAAUCACAUUCUCAUCACUUGAGUCACUGUCUCACUCCCUGGUCUCUGGCUCUCUCGUCUCUCACUAGUCCCAUGCAUUAUAUAUAUUUUAGAUUAUCUCACGUUCAGUUCAUUCUCACCUAUGAUUGGUUCGUCUUAAUUGCAUUAUUUUUCUAAUUAUUUUGCACUAUAUUAUUAAAUCAACACAUAAUCAUCCCCAGUCUCCGACACACUCCCCCCAUGUAGCUCCUAUAUGGAGAUACAUGUUAUGAAGGAGACUUUUAUAAAACAUAACAAUGAAUAUAGAAAAUGUCAAUAGUAAAAUAGUCAAAGUUGCCCUUAGUUUUUAAAGUUGUUUCUGUUCAUACUCUGCAAUCUUCCGAAUUCGCUCAUAAGCUUCUUCAGCAGCUUUUCGCUUCGGUCGGAAAACCUUGGCAUCUGGGUUCAGUAUGGUUGCAUCUGGUUUAACGCUAGUCUCACUUGCAAGCUCCAUUGGGUAGAGGUGCUGGACAGGUCUCUCGAGGGUUCCUUUGGCUGUCUUCAGUUUCACUGCCCGAAUGACUCCGUCUUUUCCCGGAAAGACUCGUUGCACGAUAGCCAAGGGCCAGUUUCCUCGGUUUGUGUCGUCACUCUUUACUAUUACCACGUCCCCUACAAAGACUUUGAACUUUGUCGUCUGAUGUGUCAGGUUGUGUUUCUCUCUAAGGGCAGUCAGGUAUUCUCUUCUCCAGCGGUUCCAUAGGUUCUUCUUGCAGGUGAUCAAGAACUUGGGUCGCUUUCGCAGGGAUUUCUCUUCUUCUCGCCAUGGCUCUUGUUCGGGUAGUUGGUUCGACCUUUGGAACAGGAAGGUAGAUGGGGUGAGGGUUUGGAGCUCAACAUCAUCUUCCACGUAGCUCAGAGGGCGUCUAUUAAUUUGGGUCUCGAUAUCUAACAUGACUUCGCUUAACUCUUGCCAAGUGAGUGUCGCUCCCCCGAUCGUCUUGUGCAUUGCUUUUUUCACUAUACCUAUCAGUCUCUCGAACUGGCCGUCCCACCAGGGUGCUCUUGACAGGUUGAAUUUCCACGUGAUGUUGCACUCUUCUAGAUGGCUGUGGAGGCGCUCGUUCUUCACUGCUUGACCUAACCACUUCGCCGCUUUCACGAAUGUACGACCGUUGUCUGAGUAGAUAACCCGAGGUCGACCCUUUCGAGCGACUAGCCGUUUCAAACAUGGGAUAAAGGUGGCCGUUUCAAGAUUGGGAACUAUUUCUAGGUGGACCGCUCUCGACAAACUGCAAGAGAAAAUGACCAGAUAGGCCUUUCCCUCUCGCUUCGCAGCUCUUCGAUACCGUAUUGGCCCUGCAAAAUCAGUUCCCACGACUUCGAAGGCUGUUUCUCCGGUGGUUCGGUCUUCUGGAAGUUGACCAGGAGGGGGUGCUGCGAAGGCCGUUGCUCUUGAACGCUUGCAACCCCAGCAAUCUCUUCGGAUCGACUUUACCAACCGUCUGAGCCUUGGUAUCCAGUAAUCCUCUCUCACUGCGGCCAUGGUUAAACCAACGCCGCCAUGCAGUGUCUCGACGUGUAUUCUCUGCACCAACUUUCUCGUAAACGGCGCGUCAGGAGGUGGGUAAAUUGGGUACUUUCCUCGGAUUCUUCCCCGACACUCGAGCAGACCUUCGACGUUUUUCUGCAGGUUGAGGGCGACUUUGGUUCGCUCGUGAUGUGGGGUUGUGCUGUCUUGGAGUUGGACACGUUUGAUCCACCAGGUCUUCAUUUCGUCCACUUCUGGGGUUGUCAACGGACCGCGUUGCUUUUGUUUGCUUCGACAAUUGCGAACAAAACGCAGUAUCCACGCACUGGUUCGGAGGACGCGUCGUAGGUCUCGUCUUUCGAGAAAGUCGUCGAAGUCGUCCGUGUUCGUCUCUUCUGCUUGUGCGACACACAAGACUUCUUUAAUGAUUUUGGCCUCAGCCUCUGAAUCUGCUGAAGUUUCUGUAAUUGGGUUGGUUGGCCAACGGUCGUGGUCUUGUAGCCACUCAGGUCCAGUCCACCACAACGGUGUGGUCACUGUCCCCCCACGGCUGGCUAGGUCGGCAGGGUUGUCAUGGGUAGGCACGUAUCGCCACUCGAUUUCCGGAUGAAGUUGGAUCUUGGCGACUCUAUUUGCCACAAACUGUUUAUAUUGUCCGUUACCCCGGAUCCAGUGUAGGGCAACUGAGCUGUCUAGCCAUCCGAGUAUUCUGGGCUUCGGAAGUCCCUGUAAGGCGCUGCCCACGUUCGUCACAAGAUUGGUGGCCAUGUGUGCUGCGACCAAUUCCAAACGAGGAAUGGUGAGCCCUUGCUUCGCGAGUCGACCCUUCCCAGCUACAAGUCGCUGUGUGACUCCCGACUUUUGUCUCACGAUUGAGUAGACAGCGGCGCCUACUCCUUGUGUAGAGGCGUCUCCAAACGCGUGGAGCUCUAGCUCAUCGACCGGUUCUCUGUGAUCAACUAUCGCCCGCGGUGUCGUCUCUAUCUUCGGGGUGAUUCGUUCCCACUUCUUCCAACGCUGUGUCAGUUUAUCAUCAAGCUUGGCAUCCCACGGUGUCUUCGACUCACACGCCGCUCUGUACACCAAUUUCCCUUCUAGUGUCAGCG